AUGUCGCAAGCACGCCAAGCAGCUCCAGCUGCUCCAGGUGCAGCUCCAGGUGCGGCCCAAGCUGAGCCUGCAAACAAGUUUCUUGGGAUCGCAAAGUCGGUCGCUGGAUUUUUGGCGCUCCAAAUGGCGAUGCAGUAUGGUAUGAAAUAUCUCGGCCUGAGCAAGUCCUCUCCACCCCCAAGUCCCGUCCCGGCCGCGGUACCAGGAAGUACUACUCCCGGCGUAGUCACGCCCCUCAACUCGGGUAUCACCACACACAACACCAGCGUCCCCGCCGAGCCUGCAUGGGAUCUGGGCACGUCCAUAUCCAUGCUUCUGUACACGUCUCUCCUUGAAACGCCCAGCCUGGCCAACAUUGAGCCUGUGGUCCGGUGGGAUGGCCUCACAUACGGCAACUACGCGGAUGUCCGGGCUGAAGAUCUCCUCCUGGAUGUCCCUCAGGCAGUAAGGACCGGGAACGCCAGCUGGUGGAUGGACGUCGUACUCGUCAAGGAUGGCGGGACCGUCAAGGGGAGACAGGCGGAUGAAGUUGCGCUGUACCGGAAACAACUCACUCGAUUCCUCCCCAAGAAGCGAGUAAGGAAGGAGAAGAAGCUUAUCGGCGGCGACGAAUCGUCUGCUACCGAGCAUGAGCCCGAUCUUUCGCUCCUGCCCAAAGAGAUCGUCGCGCACUGGGCGACCAACCUGACCCUUACCAUCAUCUCCAACGGCGGCAAGGCCGUCAUCAGCCAGCUCCACCCCGCUGCGCAGCCGCACUACCUCAUCGUUCCAUCCACCGCUACGACAUCCACACCCAAGUACUACCCCCCGGUCUUCCCAAACGACUUUUGGCUCCUCCGCGAGAAUAUCUACCCGAUCAACGCGACCGACGCCAAGCUUCCCCUGCACGUCCAAUACCACGCGAUCGGGGCGAUGAAGUUCCAGAUGUUUGCGUCGCUCGGUCAAGGGUUCGAGGCGGCCGCGGCGUCCCAAGGCGGCGGAACGGGCGCCGAGAUGGACGAAGUCAAGCGGAUGUUGACGGAAACGAGCCCGUGGCUGCUCAUCACCACGGCGCUCGUGACGGUGCUGCAUAUGGUGUUUGAGAUGCUGGCAUUCUCGUCGGACGUCAAGCACUGGCGCAAGAAGGACAAGGAUCUGGUUGGGGUCAGUCUGAACACGAUUCUGACGAAUUGUUUCGUUCAGCUUGUCAUUCUGCUGUACCUCCAGGACAGCUCGGAGGAGACGAGUAUGAUGAUUCUGUUUACUCAGGGAAUUGGACUCGCUAUUGAGGCGUGGAAGAUCACCAAGGUGACCAACGUCCGAAUUCGACCUUCGCAGAACAUCAUCGGGUACCACAUCGCCUUCGAAGAUAAGAAGGUCCUUAGCGAGGAUGAAAAGAAGACCCAGGAAUACGACCAGCUGGCCUUCCGCAUCGUUUCGUACUUUGCCGCCCCGGGUCUCGUCAUCUACUCCAUCUACUCUUUGAUGUACCAGACCCACCGGAGCUGGUACUCUUUCAUCGUGACCACCCUCGCGCAGGCGAUCUACAUGUUCGGCUUCGUACAGCUCAUCCCGCAACUCAUCAUCAACUACAAGCUGAAGAGUGUCGCCCACAUGCCUAUGAAAGCUAUGGUCUACAAGACACUCGCUACCGUCGUCGACGAUUUCUUUGCCUUUUGUAUCCGGAUGCCUUGGCUCCAUCGUCUGGCUUGCUUCAGAGAUGAUGUCGUGUUUGUUGUGCUUCUGUAUCAGCGCUACAUCUACCGCGUCGACUACUCGCGUAUCAACGAGUUUGGUCAGGUCGCAGAGGGCAAGGUUGAGCCUGUUGGCGACGUGAAGGAAGGAGAGAAGGGAGAGGUGAAGGCGAUCAGGGAGACCAGGAAGACGCAAUGA